CAGAUGCAUGAAAAGUGGAGAAGGCCCUGGGGACGAGGUUGAGGCGGAUGUUUGUUGACUGUUUGUAAGCGUGUUCUUCACAUUGUUCUUCACAACCUUCCCCUCUCUGACACACUCUCGCCGUCAUCUGGAUUGCUUAAUCCCGUUGUGUGGAUGAGAAAUUGCACUGGAAGAAAACAAACGAUUGAAGACAACCUACAGUGAACGAAUUUUUAUCUGACUAAAUUUUGCAGUGAAGGUAACUUUAUUCCAGUUAGGAAGAUAAUGUUUCUUCAACUACUAACAGCACUGUCACUGUUGAAAGUUGCAAUUGCAGUUUAUUGUGACCAGACAUUUACUGCUUCUACUGGAAUAGUAUCAUCACCAUCCUUUUCGACUAGUUCUUUUUAUGCCAACAACUUGAACUGCCAGUAUGACAUCCAAGUUGCUUCUGGUUACGGAAUCAAGCUGUCGUGGUCUACGUUUGACAUCAAGGGUAACAUGCCAGACUGUUACGAUGAUUAUGUGGAGAUAUACAUUGGAUGUGGAAGACGCUCAAUCGGAAAAUACUGUGCUGAAUAUCGUUUACCAGACAUGCCUUUUAAUGUGUACUCCCCUGACAACUGCCUGCAUAUUAAGUUCCAUUCUAACAGCUCUGGCGCUGGCCAUGGGUUUCGAGGCUCUUAUUCAAGGUUUUCUCUUUUCUCUGGCGGGCCAAGUGGUGUUGGGGCCGAGUGUUCUUCAUACUACGAGAGUUCCCCUAAGACUCUGACCUCCACUUCUGGAGUUUUCAGUUCUCCAAGAUGGCCUAGGAAUUACCCAACUCUUAGGGACUGUUAUUGGAGGAUUGACGUUGAGGUUGGAAAAAAUGUUAAAAUUGCUGUUAUGGACGUUGAUUUGGAAUAUCACUCUGGGUGUGAUAAGGACAAACUGAAAAUAAAAGGGGGAAGAAGUGGAGAUUCAUAUGAUCGAUCAGACACAAUAAAGGAUUCAAUGUGUGGGAAACGGAAUCCAUUUUACUUUACGUCAUCUGAUAGGAGAAUUUGGAUCAGGUUCAAAUCCAACAGUUUUUUUACUGAUCGAGGGUUCGUUGUUGGAUAUGUCAUGUAUGAUUCAAAAACAGGAUCAGGAAGCAGCAGAAGUACUUCUAUAAUUGGAAUUGUGGUUGGCAUUAUCAUUCCAAUAGUUAUUAUCGCUUGCAUUUGCUAUGUGUGUGUAUACAGAAGGAAGCAAGCCAUGAGGGCACAACAACAAGGAGCUGCAGCACAACAAAUGACUGUACAGCAUCCUCCUCCACCCCCACCAGCAGGCUAUGGACCACCCCCUCAGCAAGGUUAUGCACCUCCUCCACAACCUGGCUAUGGGCCACCCCCUCAGCAAGGGUAUGGACCCCCUCAACAGCCAGGCUAUCCCACUCAAGCACCUCCACCCUACAGCCAGGUUGCAGGGACAGGCUACCCACCGCAAGACAAAUCCGGACCCUACCCUUACCCCCCUGAACAACCUGGUGGAGUGUCUCCUUAUCCUGGGGGAGCCCCACCGUACCCUCCUGGACAGCCUGGGGCAGUACCACCAUACCCUUCUGGACAAGCUGGGGGAGUGCCUCCCUACCCACCGGAGCAGCCACCUGGAGGUGUAGCACCCUACCCCUCAGCACCAUCUACUGCAACUGCUCCACCUUACCCCCCACAGUAAUCAUCCAAAUGCAUCAAGUAAGAUCCUGUUUUGUGACAACUCUGUCAUAACCGCCUGCGUCUGCAUAGGAGUAGCUGCUUAUUAGAAUUAAAAAGUUGAGGAUCACUAUACAUGUAAAUGGUCCUUAAAGUUAAUUGGCAAAUUUUCCAGACGGUAUAAUUAAUAGAGUUUUGCAUCUUUCUGCCUUCAAAUCAUGUUGAACGUGGAUAACAGAAAUGUGAACUGCAAGACUGCCGCUCUAUUCCCGUAGUUUUGGUUGCAAUUUAAUCCUUGAGAUACUUUGUGUGGUUUUACAUGUAGCAAUGCUAUACAAACAAUUGAGUGACUGAUAACGAGAGAGAAUCAAAAGAAUGGCUUGCAAAACUCCAUGUGGAAGGUACUUAGUUAUCUCAGGUCCCAGAUGGUCUGAACUUGAACUCAUUUGGAUAUUGGUGACUGUAUUGAUGUAAAUGAUGCUUAGUGCCCAUGGGGGCCGGAUUCACUGUGUCUUCCUAUACAGUGGAAGCCUGUUAAUCUGGUCACCAUAUUAAAUAGGUUCUUGGAGUAAGAAAAUGACUGACUGAACUUUUGUUCAGGCCAGAAUAAAGUGGUCGUGAUAACGAGGUGGCCGUAUUAACGGAGUGGCCGUGAGGCGGGUUCCAUUGCAAUAAGUUUGAUCCUAAUCACUGAUUGAAUACAAAAUUUGAAAGGCUCUUGUGAAAUACCCGUCAAAUUUAUAAUAUAAUAAUAUAAUAAUAAAGUCAGCAUUUUUGCUGGUUGUUACUGAUGAUCUAUUGGAGGAUACACGUAUAAAUGACGUCAUUAACAUUCUUUUGUAUUUCUUUAUUCUCCUACUCACACAAAUCCCAUAAUACACCUCUUUUACCCCCAAUAAUUUGCAUAGGCAUUGUUUUAGAUUUCUGCUGGAACAUCUUCAUGUCCCAGGAGAAAUUACAAACAAUGAUUAUGCAAAAUUGUGGGGAGUUAAAGAGGUAUUUUAUGGGAUUUGUGCAAGUAGAGAAUAUUACAAGUGGAUUUCGUGUUGCCGUGUGUCUGUUCAGUAAUAGAUCCCAGAAGGCGUCAGAAUGUGGUAAGAACAUCAGUGACACUCUUGGCGAUCGCCUCGUGCGCAACGUUUUUCUUACCACAUUUUGACGUCAGCUGCCAUCUAUUAUUGAACAGACGCACGGCAACAUGGAAUUUACAUGUUAAUUAUUAUUUUUGUAUUUAUUUUGUAGCGUUUCUUUUUGCUUAAUAAAUUUCAUCAUGAACA